GAGAACUGUCGUCCCCCGUCAAGUGCUGCUGGCCAUGAAACGGUGAAUGGCAUCCGUGGGAUGGCGCAUGAAUUCGGAAUUGUCACCACCUGGAAGGCGUACCUUGAUCUGUCCGACCCGGCACCCGCACGUUCGCCCAACAUCAGGUCGGAACUACAGUCCUCGGGCGUUUCGCUCGUCGACUGCCCGCGCAACGGGCGGAAGGACGUCGCCGACAAGAUGAUGAUCGUGGACAUGGUGACAUACGCGCUGGACAAGCCGCAGCCCGGGACCAUAAUCCUGAUCUCGGGCGACAGGGACUUUGCAUACGCAGUGUCGGUGCUGCGCAUGCGCAAGUGGGCCGUCGUGGUCGUUAUGCCC